AUGGGCGUGUCUGCCGCGCGUCCGCCCAGCGCGUGUAGAUCGCGCUCAGGCCUCCAGUCGCUCUCUGUCCGCCGCGAAAAGCGACAGCUCGCUUCUUGGCCCGCCGCGUACGCCGCGUACUUUUCCCCGUAUUUUGCCACCGGAUAUCGGGUUUUGGAAGAUGCUAGAACCGAGCUUAAUCACGGCAGGGACCGAUUUAAU